CGAAUUGCAGUGGCGAGGAAAAAUGGUUUCUUCUUCUUCUUCUUCUUCAUCAUUGCAUUCAUGGCAUCUUGCUCAUGCUCUCUUCUUCCAUCCCCAUCGCCACAACAACAAGCUGUUUUGGCCAAAACCAUCAUCAUCCAAACAAGUCUCUGCAUUUCUUCCCAAUCUCAGUACUACCCACAUUCGCUAUUUCGCUUGCGUUCGCGUUCUUCUCAAACGCUUCGCCUCUUCAUCUCUCCACGUAAAUCCAAAACCAAGCUCCAAGCACACCAAAGGGAUUUUGGACCGGAUUGGCCUAUUCUUCGCAGAUGGGAAGUGCCUUGGCAAUGGCAAACAUUUUCACUAACAUCUAUUGCUUGCGCAUUAAGUUUGGUGUUGACAGUUUGGCUUGAGGUAAAUGCUCUACAAUCUCUAGAGGUUGAAGGUGAUGAACUCAGUUCAGAUGAGGAGGCAGUGAUUUUUCUUGUCAAUCAUAGCUUCGCAACUGCCAUUGUACUUCAAGUUCUUUAUGGUAUUACCAACAUGUACCAGCCACUCCCACAAGACUUCUUCAAAUAUGACUGGAGGGAGCCUUUCAAUCUUCAGAAGGGGUGGCUUUUGUGGGGAGGAGUAGGACUUGCUGGUGCCCUGAUUGUCAUUGCAUUGCCAGGUGCUGCCAUGUCCUUCUUCAGUGAGGAAAGUCAGGAAACCUCAACCAGAAAGACGGACACCCUUGUUCGUUUGCUUCCGGUUGGAUCUUCAUAUGUCAGAACUGCUUGCGUGAUGGCCAGCACGGGUCUUCUUGCUCCACUUCUUGAGGAGACUGUAUUUCGAGGCUUUGUUAUGGCUUCCUUGACUAAGUGGGUUCCUACGCCAGUUGCUGUCCUCAUUAGUGCUGCGGUGUUUUCUCUUUGCCACUUCACUCCUGGAGUAUUUCCAUGGCUGUUUGUUUUAGGGACUUUUUUGGGGAUUUCAUAUGCUCAAACUCGCAACCUCCUCACUCCAAUCACUAUUCAUGCUUUCUGGAACAUAGGACUUUUGAUUCUGACUUUGCUCCAGUGGUAAAAUGCUUCUCCUGCUGUCUGCUUGUAGAUAGCUUCAGUGACACAUAUCAAAGAAUUGUUGCAGAAAUUGACGGGAACAUAUUCCCUCCUCUGGUCAAAUCCUAGUCAUGUACAGAUCCAUUUCAUUAAAUAACUGCUUACUUUCCCUUUUGUAAAUAUAGUCAGAAUAUUAGAUCGCUGUUAAAGACGGUAAUGAAUUAGAAACUGAUUAUUUGAUCAUGGCAAGUGAAAUAUGCCAUGAACUUUGACAUCUCAAGCAGAACCUGAUCUAGUACAAGUUACAAUGCUAAUGCAAAACUAGGGCAUGGGAGCAUCUGGAUUUUUUGUAAGGUGUACGAACACCACAACACUUGUAACUUGGCCUUAAAGCCAGCUGCUUCAUGUUGUAUGAUCAUAAUUGACUGGUCGUGUGACCUUAAA